AGGCUCUCUCCUUACAUACUUAACACGCCAACAUGGCAUCCUUACCAACAGUACAUGCAUCCUGCAAGAAUACACAACUGAACCUCCUAGGUAGAAUAUCCAGCUAUUUAUCAACGAGUUUAGUCCCGAGAUUAAGAUACAGACUAUCUAUUAGAGGACGUUCCUUGCGAUUCUGCGAUCAUCCAAGUUGACCGACGACCUGCGAGCGCAACAUUUACUUUACGGCCACAGCCUAUUACUCAACUGUGGAGGACCGCAUCCUUCGAUUUAUUAAGCAAACUUCUCUGCACGCCAGUUACAAGAUGGAGACCUGCCGUACGGACAGUCCGGUUGCUGAUGAGCUUCUUAUCGAGCCAGCUACGUGCAUCGCGCACGAACGUUCGAGUAACCAACGUGCCCAGCCUCCCGCUGCCCUUGCUCGCCGCCCGCUGUGCGACCGCAUCCAAAAUACUAGCUGGGUGGUGGCGCGCACGUUCGGCUUCCAGGCCUUCAACUCCCGCGUCCCGGCCUCCGGCCCCUGCCAGCAGCCUUCCUGUGCGGCCCAAUGGGUUCCCGCCACAGCCCUGCUUGCCGGCAAUCACCUAGAGGCGCUGCUGGUGCGUAACUUCAUGCCCCGCAUACUCAUGGAGGCUGACGGAGGUGGAGGGGACACAGCACCGAGCAGCGGCAACAGCAACGCCGUUAGCGGUGAGGGUGAGGGCUGCAAGGGAGGGCAGCAGAUGAAAGAGGACGCCACUGAAUCCCAGCUGCAGCAGCGUCAAGAGGCGGCGUUCGCGCGAGCCGUGUGGGAGCUACACUCGCAGAUCUUCUUGCCGUAUGAGGGCUCGGCGGGCUGGUGCCGGCAGGUUGGGCUGGCUGCCCGGCCCGCUGCUGUUGCUUCUGAGCUGUUGGGCGCUCAGGGCGGUGCGGAUCCGCGCGUGCUGCACCUGCUGCUGAGCGAGCUGGCGCUGUACUUCCUGAUCUACAGCGAGGCCGCCAACCUGCGCCACACGCCCGAGCUGACGUGGUUCCUGUUCUGGGCCGCUAACAACAGCCCGGCCAUGGAGCGGCUGGUGCGGGAGGGGCUGCAGCCGGAGCAGCAGAUGAACAAUGCGCGGGAGCGGCGUCUGGCCAUGCGAAACACUUUGCAGUCUCAUCUUUGCGCCGUACAGCAGCAUCUGGGCCACGACCCCACCGCCUGCCGCCCCGAGCACAACACCGAGGUCGCCGCCAGCCUUGCCGCCCAGCUGCCCUCGCUCAUCCUCUCCCUCGGCCUCCCCACCACCUCCUACUCCGCAACCUCCGCCUCCCCUGCCCCCGACUCUUCGCUCGCCUGCCCCGUCAGUCGCGCCCUGUUCUGCGACCUGUGCUGCCACGGCGACGGCUGCUGCUGGACGGACCUUGUGGUGGCGCCGCUGUUCACUGUGCUGGCGUUCGAGGUGGACCACAUGGCCUCGGAGGGGCAAGAGGUGGCGCACCGCCUGGGCUACGACGACAUCAAUGAGUCCAUGUGCCGACGUGACAUCGUACGGCGCCUGCUGGAGAUGCUGGGCGUCGCGGCGGCAGCGGACGCAGGCCAGGCGCAUGGGGCCCUGGACGCCAUUACUCGCCUGGGCUAUGCGCCUGCAGUGGCCACUGACGGCGAUGGAGCACCUGCCGGACGCGGCGUCCCUGCCACCUCCAGCGCCUCCGCCAACCCGCGGCUGUCUGACCCCGUGUACGCCGCCGCAUUCUGGGCGGAUCACGUGUUCGUGAAGACGCACCGCGAGCGCCGCAGCUGGCUGGCGCUCCUCCGCGCCUUCUACCGCGUGUACAGUCUGCAGCUGGUGCUGCUGCACGCAACCAUGGCAUACGCCUUCGCUCCAGGCUCGCUGCGCGCGCUGUCCAGCGCCGUACUGACGCACGCGGUGGUGGCGGCGGUUGAGCGCACCGCCAACUGGUGGCUCAACCGGGGAACACGCGACACGCUGCAGGCGGCCAAGGCCCGGGACAGCUGGGUUAGGGAGCCGGCGCCCGCAAGCAAGGCGGAUGAGGG